AUGAAGGGGGAGGAUCAAGCGAGGUCUUUGUUUGGGAUUUCUUUAUCUGAUCGGCCUAAAUGGCAACAGUUUCUAAUCUGCUCUUCUGGGUUCUUCUUUGGUUAUCUCAUUAAUGGCAUCUGUGAGGAAUAUGUGUAUAAUCGGCUUCAAUUUAGCUAUGGUUGGUAUUUCACCUUUGUACAAGGAUUUGUGUACUUGGUGCUCAUACACUUGCAGGGUUUCACCCCCAAGCAGAUGGUGAACCCAUGGAAAACUUAUUGGAAACUCUCUGCUGUUCUUAUGGGUUCUCAUGGGUUGACUAAGGGGUCCCUGGCCUUUCUCAAUUAUCCAGCUCAAAUCAUGUUUAAAUCCACCAAGGUACUGCCAGUUAUGGUAAUGGGAGCCUUCAUUCCAGGAUUGAGAAGAAAAUAUCCAGUUCAUGAAUACAUAUCGGCCCUGCUUCUGGUUAUUGGUCUGAUCCUUUUCACCUUGGCAGAUGCCCAAACGUCUCCAAAUUUUAGCAUAAUUGGUGUUUUGAUGAUUUCUGGUGCUUUAAUUAUGGAUUCUUUGAUGGGUAAUUUGCAAGAAGCAAUUUUUACCAUGAAUCCUGACACCACACAGAUUGAGGUGCUGUUCUGCUCGACAGUUGUUGGAUUGCCUUUCUUGCUUCCUCCAAUGAUCCUGACCGGAGAGCUGUUUAGGGCUUGGAAAUCUUGUGCUCAACAUCCUUAUGUGUAUGGGGUGUUAGUAUUUGAAGCCAUGGCGACAUUCAUUGGGCAAAUUUCUGUUCUAUCCCUCAUUGCCAUUUUUGGGGCUGCCACCACUGCCAUGAUAACAACUGCUAGAAAAGCAGUUACCUUGUUGCUGUCAUACAUGAUAUUCACAAAGCCAUUAACUGAGCAGCAUGGAACAGGGCUGCUGCUCAUCGCCAUGGGAAUUGUAUUGAAGAUGGUUCCUAUAGAUUAUAAGCCCCCCAGUAGGAGUGCACCUAGACAUGGGAAGUCCCAUUUUAAAGAAGAGAUGAACCUAGGAGAUAGUAGGAAAGGCGAAGGAGAUGAAGAAAAAAGGCCCUUGGUGUGA